UCCCAAUUCUCCUAACUUCGACUAACUUCAAGCCCUAACCCUAAUUUUCAUUUUUUCCUUCUUCUUUUCUCUCUCGACAAACCGACGAGACCCUCCGCCGUUCUCUCGAAAACAAACCGACUUCGCCGUUCUCUUAUCGCCGAUAAAACUCUUCUUCUUCCCUCUUCUCUUGUUCGCCAACAAAGGAUCCGCCGCCACAAACCAAAUCCAAGUUCAUCCGCCCUUCUCUUUGUUGGUUUACAAUGGCUAUUACCAGAGGAGGAGCUUCUAGUUCUAAAAGUGUACCAUCUUGUUCUAGAAGUGAACAAUUUGCCGAGCUUAGAAGUUCCAAAAGACAAAAGCAAUCGGAUCCAAAGCAUUCAGAGAUAGCAGCUGCAGUGGAUGAUGUCAUGGAAGAUCAAGGAGUCGAACCGUCUUUGGAGAAUGAUGUGUCUGACCAUGAGAAGGAGCAGGAGCAUGAGAAGAAGGAGAAGGAGCAGGAGCAUGAGAAGAAGGAGAAGGAAAAGGAGAAGGAGAUAGAGCAAGAGAAGAGUUUGGCUCCUAUUUUGAUCUCUGAUGAUGAGUAUCGCUUGUAUUCUGGUGUGUGAUGUUGAUGUAUAAAUCUAUGUUUAGGUACAACUAUGUUUCUGGGUUUAUGUAUUUUGAUUAGGUAUGAAUCUGUGAUUUUGUACAACUGGUACGAUUAGGUACAACUAUGUUUCUGGGUUUAUGUAUUUUGAUUAGGUAUGAAUCUGAAUCUUAAUAUUUUUAAGUA